AUGUCCACCGUCACUCUAGUCAAGAAACAAGCCGAAUUUGUCCUCAAGAACCCCCUCUUGAGACAACUCAUGGUUCCAGCAGCUAAGGUCUUCACCAACCUAUCCGGCUACAGAAACUUGGGUUUGAAAUUGGACGAUUUACUCAUUGAGGAGACCCCUGCAAUGCAAAAGGCCAUCUCUAGAUUGCCUGCUGAAGAAUCCUAUGCUAGAAACUACAGAAUCAUUGCUGCUCAUCAAUUAGCUGUCUCCAUUGACGUUUUACCAGAUUCUAAGGCAUUACAAGCAAAGGAUGACACUCCUUACUUGACCCCUUACAUCUUGGAGGCAGAAGCUGAAAUCGCUGAAAAGGAAGCUUUGAACAACUCCACCGUUGCUUGA